AUGGCGGGAGAUCCGGCCGCCGGGGGCGGCGGUGACGCCCACCCCGCGGCGGGGAGCAAGAGUUCCCGCUCGUCGACGCGGCACCGGCAGUUCCGCGACCGAGCCAAGGUCCGCGUGGACGACCUACAGGAGAUGUUCUGCGGCCUCCAGUCCGCUCGCAAGGAGAGCCGCUCCGCCGACGCCGCCGUCCUCGAGGAGCAGAACUCGCAGGGGAACAACCGGGAGGCUUCGGAUCCACCGUCGGAUACGCUGCGACUGCUGCAGCUGGUGGUGCCCGAGGAGGAGGACGACGCCACCAGUAAGCUCCUGGUGCCCCAAUCGACGCAGCAGGCGCCGCCUUGUCAUCAGAGCCACGAGCACGCGCAGGACAGCAGGAUGGCCAAUACUGAUCAGCAGUGUGAAGCUAUGGAUGGGGGCACUGCUCCUGCGCAGCACUCUCUAGGUCAGGGAGUGGAGGGAGAUUGUGGAGAAGUGGCUGCUGUUGCUAAUGCAAUGUUCAAUGAUCAGAUGUACUAUAUAGACCAAGAACUUAGUAUUGAUGAUUUUCUUUGUGAUGAUGAUUACAAAAUAAAUAUUUCUGGUUCUAAUGAAGAUCAGUUCAAUAACCUGCAUGGGAUUGGCCAAUUGGAACAUCAACAGUUUGAUUUGCCAUUAGAUCUGCCACCUACCCAUUCAUAUGCUGAUGCAAAUAACUCUGAGCAAAAUACUGGAGAUGUCUUUGUUCACAUGUCAGACUUGCUUACAACAAUAUGGCCAUCACCCUCUCAGUAUUUGGGGCCAAAAUGUGCACUUUGGGACUGUGGUAGGCCAGUUGGAGGGACAGAGGACUCUGGAGAUUACUGCAACCCUUACCAUGCUGGUUUGGCUUUGAAUGAUGAUGGUCUUCUUGGGACAAGACCUGUGAUGCGCCCAAAAGGUAUUGAUUUGAAAGAUGGGCCACUGUUUGCUGCUCUCAUUGCAAAAGUCCAAGGAAAGAAUGUUGGUAUUCCUGUGUGUGGAGGUGCUGCUACUUCUAAAUCGCCAUGGAAUGCACCUGAACUUUUCGAUCUUUCUCUUCUGGAGGGUGAAUCUCUUAGAGAAUGGCUGUUCUUUGACACUCCAAGAAGAGCAUUUGAGAGUGGCAACCGGAAGCAAAGGUCAUUGCCAGAUUACAGUGGUCGUGGGUGGCAUGAAUCAAGGAAGCAGGUAAUGAAAGAUUUCGCAGGUCUGAAGAGGUCCUAUUACAUGGACCCACAACCAUCAAGCAGCCAUGAGUGGCAUCUUUUCGAAUAUGAGAUCAAUGCUUCUGAUGCCCUCGCCUUGUACCGUCUUGAGUACAAGUCCUCUGACUCCAAAAAGAGUGCCAAGUCAAAACUGUCUAGUAGUCCACUGAAUGAAAUUCAGCAGCAAAUGGGCAGGCUGACUGCAGACAGUCCUGUGGAAAACAAACGGACUGCUAGGAGCAAGCCAAAGGCUAACCAGAAGGAUACCAAUACAAAUAUUCAUCCACAUGUUAACACCCCCAGUCAAGUUAAUGCUCCAAAUGCUUAUCAAACAACGCCGCAGGUGAACCAAAUGACGUUUCUGAAUGGGAACGUUGUUUAUGGACCUCACCUUCCACAUUCUGAAAACGUCGUCUAUGGACCUCAUCUUCCACAUUCUGAAAACGUCGUCUAUGGACCUCAUCUUCCACAUGGAUACUCAGCCAAAGGAAGCAGCUUCUUUUGGAACCCAAGCGAUGGGACUUGA